AUGUCUGACGAAGUCAUCUGGCAGGUUAUAAAUCAGCAGUUCUGCGCCUUCAAGUUGAAGACCGACAAGGGUCAAAAUUUCUGCAGAAACGAAUACAACGUCAGUGGUUUGUGUUCGAGACAGUCAUGCCCUUUGGCCAAUGCCAGAUAUGCAACCGUCAAGAACAUCGGAGGUAAGCUCUAUCUUUACAUGAAGACUGCCGAGAGAGCACACAUGCCAUCGAGAAUGUGGGAAAGAAUAAGAUUGUCCAAGAACUACAACAAGGCAUUAUCUCAAAUAGAUAGCCAUUUGCAAUACUGGCAGAAGUUCUUGGUCCACAAGUGCAAGCAGAGAUUAACCAGAUUGACUCAAGUUGCUAUAACAGAAAGAAGGUUGGCAUUGCAAGAUGAAGAAAGACACUACGUUGGUGUCAAGCAUAAGGUCAAGAGAAGAGAAGAAAACAGAGAAAGGAAGGCACUUGCCGCUGCCAGAAUCGAGAAGGCUAUUGAAAAGGAAUUAUUGGACAGAUUAAAGAGCGGUGCUUAUGGCGACAAGCCACUUAACGUAGACGAAGGCUUGUGGAAGAAGGUAUUGGGUAAGGUCGAUGAAGUUGAACAAGAAGAAGAAUUCGACGUUGAAGACGACUUUGAAUUAGAAAGUGGAGACGAAGACGAAAGCGAUGUUGGCGAAGUUGAAUACGUCGAGGACGAUGGAGACGACGAAUUGGUUGACUUGGAAGACUUGGAAAGAUGGUUGGACGACUCUUCAGCCAGCGAAGACGAAGAAGAAUCUGACGACGAAUCUGAUGACGAUGAUAAGUCUGGUAAGCGUAAGAGUGACUCAGACAGUAAGGCCAAGGCUAAGAAGAGAAGAAGAGCUAGAGUUGAAAUUGAAUACGAACAAGAGACAGACAACCUUCAGACCAACAUU